AUGGCGACUUUUCUUUCAGAAAACCAGUCAAGAAACAUCAACCAGGUGAAAGCAGGGAAUGAGACACGAAUUUCAGAAUUUCUUCUUCUAGGAUUUUCAGAAAAACAAGAAUUGCAGCCAUUCCUCUUUGGGCUAUUCCUGUCCAUGCACCUGGUCACCGUGCUUGGGAACCUGCUCAUCAUCCUGGCCACAAUCUCAGACUCCCACCUCCACACCCCCAUGUACUUCUUCCUCUCCAACCUGUCCUUCGUAGACAUCUGUUUUGCCUCCACCACGGUCCCAAAGAUGUUGGUGAACAUCCAGACACAGAGCAAAGUCAUCACCUAUGCAGGCUGCAUCACCCAGAUGUGCUUUUUUGUACUCUUUAUAGUGUUGGAUAGCUUACUCCUGACCGUGAUGGCCUAUGACCGGUUUGUGGCCAUCUGUCACCCCCUACACUACACGGUCAUCAUGAACCCUCAGCUCUGUGGACUGCUGAUUCUGAUGUCCUGGAUCACGAGUGUCCUAAACUCCAUGUUACAAAGCUUAAUGACGUUGCAGUUGUCCUUCUGCGCAGACUUGGAAAUCCCUCACUUUUUCUGUGAACUUAAUGAGAUGAUCCACCUUGCCUGUUCUGACACCUUUGUGAACAACAUGGUGAUGUAUUUUGCAGCUGUGCUGCUGGACGGUGGUCCUCUUAUUGGGAUCCUUUAUUCUUACUGUAGGAUAGUUUCCUCCAUAUGUGCAAUCUCGUCAUCUCAGGGGAAGUACAAGGCAUUUUCCACCUGUGCAUCUCACCUCUUGGUUGUCUCCAUAUUUUAUGGUACGGGGCUAGGAGUGUACCUUAGCUCUACUAUGACCCAAAACUCACACUCAACUACUGUCACCUCGGUGAUGUACACUGUGGUCACCCCCAUGCUCAACCCCUUCAUUUACAGUCUGAGGAAUAAAGACAUAAAGGGGGCUCUGACACAAUUCUUCAGAGGGAAACAAUAAAAGAGCCAUUUUUCAGCCAGGUGCGGUGGCUCACCCCGUAAUCCCAGCACUUUGGGAGGUGGAGGCGGGCAGAUUGUGAGGUCAGGAGUUCGAGACCAGCCUGACCAACAUGGUGAAACCCCAUCUCUACCAAAAAUACAAAAAUUAGCCGGGCGUGGUGGCAUGUGCCUGUAGUCCCAGCUACUCAGGAGGCUGAGGCAGGAGAAUCGCUGGAACCCAGGAGGUGAGGUUGCAGUGAGCUGAGAUCAUGCCACUGCACUCCAGCCUGGGAGACAGAGUAAAACUCUGUCUCAAAAUUUAAAAAAAAAAAAAAAAAA